AUGUCUAACCAGUUCAAUUCUAACUUAUCUAUAUCCCCUAAUUUGCCAGCUUUAUAAUAAAUAAGAAAUUUAAUAUAUUAAUUAAAUUAAAAGAAAUCUCCUCAAUACAUAAAACAAGAAAUAAAUCAAAUAGUUAAAUAAUUAGGAAUUGAAGGAGAGCAAUAUGUCCUGGCUUGUCUUUUAGAAAGUUUAGAUUUGAAUGGUUAAAGCAAUUAAAUGAAAAACAGUUUACAUUAAACUAACCUUAAAAUAGAAAUUAAAAAUUUAAAAGAAAGCACUAUAAAUGUAAAAUCUAAUGAAAUUAAACCUUAAGUAUUUUAUAAAACCGAUAUUAAUGAAUAUGACGAAGAAUUGAAAAUUUUUUACGAUGUUUAUUAAUAAGAAUGGGAUUUGAAUAAAAACUAAUAUAUAUAACCUGAAAAUACGAAUAAAUUAAUAAGUUUUGCUGAUUUAUUAAAAGACUUAGGACCGUAUUCGACUUCUUCUGUAGAAAUUUUAAAUUCUUUAUUAUAAGAUUUUAAUUAUAAAUUUACCCCUGAUGAUAUAUUUUAAUGUUUAUAAUUAUUCGCAACCGAUACUAAAGCAGUUAACGACUAAAAUUAAAGACUUCCUACAGCUGUUGAUAUCGCUAAGAUUAUUUUCGAAAGUCUCUUAGUUUAAUAGAAUAAUAAACUAUCUUAAAAAAACAUUAAUAAGGUAUUUAAAUAAUAUAAGGAAAUUAUGGAAAUUUUGCCCCCUUUAGAUUUAUAAAUUUUUUCUGAGGCGGAAAGUAGAACAGAAAGUUUGCUUAAUAAACUUUAUUAAGAAGAGAUUUAAUGUGAAUAUAUUAUUGAGGCUCUUUAAUAAACAAAGUUUUCAGAUAAAGAAGAAGAAAAAGACUUCUUUGCAACAUUUAUUACUAUACUUAUUGAAGAAAGUAAAUUUUAUGAAAAUUAUCCGGAAAAAUAAUUGGUUAUUGCUGGAAAAUUAUACGGAAGUAUUAUUAGAGAAGAUUUGGUUUAAGGAUAACCUUUAGGAAUAAUGUUAAAAAUAAUAAUUGAAUGUAGCAAAAAAAUAAAGAAAUUAGAUUUUAGCAUAUCAGCUAUAGAAUAAAUGAAAGAAAAAAUAUUUAAUUAUCCUUAAUUUAUUUAAAAAAUUAUAGAUAUUAAAUCUUAAAUUAUUGAAAAAAAUCCAAUGUUCGUAUUUAACUUAUACCAUUAACAAUAAUAGCAAUAAAUAUAAUAACAACAACAAUAAACAAACUCCCCUUUAAUUAAACAAUAUUAAUCUGCCUCUUAACAAAAUAUGUAAUCUUUAUAAAUCCAACCCAAUGAUUCUUAUUUCCCUAUUCAAUAACCCCAAACUAAUUCAAACACAAACUAAAACUCUAUUAUCUCUUUCCCGAAACCCGAAACACUAAAAGACACUCUGCAAUAAACUCAAAAAGGGUCUGAAAACAUAAUUUAACCUUAUAUUUCCAAAAUCGAAAAUCAAACAUAAUCUGAAAUCACAGAAACUUCAAAAUAAAACACUUUAAAAUAAAUGAAUUAAAACAAAAAGAAGCUCCAAUUAAAAAUAACUACAAAACAUUUCGAUCCUUCAACCCUUGAAAUCCCCAUUAUCCCCCCUUAAUAAAUCCCUUAAUAAAUAAACUCCGCAACUCACCGAAACGCUCCACAAAAUCUAAUCCAACCGACAAAAAUCGAUCUCUAAACUAAAAACACCCUCCCUAUUUAACCUCUUAACUCUUAAUAGACCUAAAUCCUUUCCUAACAAAUAUACACUUAAUAACUCCAUAACUUCCCUCCUAUCCAAACCCUUAAAUAACCUGACUUAUAGGAUCCAAAAGAAAGUCUCUCUCGCCCAUAUACUGGUGGCGUAGGUUUUGAAUCUCUCCGUAAUGCUUUAUUUUAAGAAAAUGAAUAUAAGAAUCUACCUAUUACAGAAAUCCUAAAAAAAGAAGACUAAUAAUCAAAUUUCCUUUGCGAUGAUUAACUGAAAAUGAAAAUGACUUUUCUAGUAAAUAAUCUAACAGAACAAUAAUUAGAAAAGAACUCUUCCGAAUUAAAAGUCUUCUUGGAAAAUCAAAAUCAUUUCAAAUGGUUUAUUUCCCAUCUAGUAUUAAGAAGGGCCCCUUAUGAACCUGAUAAUUAACCCUUAUAUAUAACAUAAUAACUUCCAUAAGAAGUUUUCGAAAGUCAUUAAUAAAUAUAAAUAGUACCUAAUUUAGUCGAAUUAAUAAAUAUUCAAGAAGAUCUAUAGCAACAUUGCUCCUUUUUAGGCCUAGAUUUGAGGAAUAUAAUCGCCUGUGCACUUGAUAAAGCCAUCCAAGAAAUAAUAUAACCAGUAAUAUCAAGAAGCGUGACAAUAUCAUUGGUAACAAGCCGUGAGAUAACUUUAAAAGACAUGUGUUGUGAAUAAGAAGAUACAAUAGUACUAAAAUAAAUACAAUAAAUGAUGUAAAAAUUGUCAGGAAAUUUAGCCUUGGUAACCUGUCGCGAACCACUAAAAAAUUCUUUCGGAAAUCACUUAAAAAAUUUACUAGAUUAACAAUAAAUAAACGAAAAUGAUAAAGAAAAUAUAAUAAUUUAAGCUUAAAAUGAUAAUAUAGAUAUAGGUUGUUAAUUCAUAGUAAAAGCAGUAGUAGAAAAAGCUUUAGAGGAAGUAAAAAAAGACACUUUAGUAAAUGAGAGUAUGCAAAAAAGGAGAAAUUUAAAGGAAAAAGGAGAAAAUUUUAUAGAUGAGAAUUAUUAUAAAUUCGUUAAAAAUCUACCAUUCAAUUUAUAACCAAAAAAUCUUUUAAGCAAUUUUUGUACAGAUUGGGAUAAUAGUACAUUUUUAGAAUAUAAUAUAGAAGUUAAAAAUAAAAUAUAGAAUAUUAUUAUUGAUUAGAAUUAUAAUUAUAUUUAAAAAAAAUAAUGGUUAAAAAUAACCACUGAAACAGAAAUAAGUGAAUAUAUUACUGAGAUAAUCUACAAAACUGACUCUAAAUUUUUCCUAUACACAGCUGACAUAUGCAUAUAAUAUACAUUAUAAUAAAACAAGAAAGAUAAUAACUUAAAUACAUUUAAAAAUUUUGAUACUUGCUAUAUUGAUUAAUAUAGUAAAUUAGUAGUAAUAAUAUUAAAAUCUUUAGAAAAUAAUGAAGAAAUAAGAAUUUAAAUUUUUCAAUAAUUUUGCGACUCAUAUAUUGUUUUAUUGACUAAAUAUCAUGAAAAUGAUAUUUACGAAUUUAAUUAAAGACCUUUUUUUAAACUUUUAUUUAAUCUUAUAUAUGAUAUUCAAAGAAAUGAUUAUUCUUUUGAAGAAAAUUAAAUACUUUUAAUGUACAAUAUUUUUGCUAAUCUUUUAUAUUAAAUUCAACCUCUUAAAUUCCCAGGCUUUGCUAAUUCUUGGUUGGAAAUAGUUGCCAAUAGAUAUUUUAUGCCUAAGCUUUUAAAUAAAGAAUAAAACUGGACUUCAUAUAAUUAAUUAAUAGUGGUUUUAUUGAAAUUUUUCAAAGAAAUUAUGCAAUCAUAAAAUAUAUAUAAUAAUGAUUCCAUAAAAGCUUAUUUUAAAGGAACUCUUAGAGUAUUAUUUGUAAUAUUACAUGAUUGGUAAGAUUUCUUAACUAAGUUUUGUAAUAUUUUAUGUGAUUAAGUUCCUGAAAAAUUUGUUUAAAUCAGAAAUAUUAUUUUAGCGGCUUUCCCUUAAAGUAUGAGACCUCCAGAUCCUUUUAUUUUUGAAUAAACAGAUUAAAUUGAAUAAAUAGAAGAAUUUAAAAUAUUCCCUGUUUUUUAUUAUCCUUCUUACAAUUAAAAAAUGAAUGAAAUAAAUUUACAAAAUGAAAUUGCAAUUAAUUCUUUAGUAAUUUCAAUACCUAAAUUCUUAUUUAAUUCUCCAGAAUAAAAUACUGUGAAAUUUUUCGAUUUGAAAAAGGAAGCUUAUAAUAUAUUUUUAAAACUAUUAAAAAGUACACAAGUAGAAAUGAGAGAAAAUUUUUGCUGA